UGUGGCUGCACCGGAGAUCAUAUGCUUACCCGCCCCUACUGCGACCCAGGGUAUGCCAGUCUGACUGCCGGCUAGGGAGGCGGCAGGAUUCCCAACCCCAUGUGAUCAGCAUUGACGAGUCUUGACAACCGCCAAUGGGCAGGUUUAGGAGAGAAAAGUUCAUGGGCCCUCGACAAAGGGGGGGUUGUCAAAACGUGGAUUGUGGAUAAGGCAUGGAUUGCAUGAAGCAAGCCACCCUUAGUCCUUGGCUGCUUGUUCUUCUUUUCUUCUAUUUCUCUUCUUCCCUCCACUCCAGACGCCCAAACACGAUGCCAAGCCGCAAUCCCUCCAGAUCCCCCAUCUUUUCUUUUUCAACUCCGCCACAUCCCUUCCCGUCCUUGUUCGAACUACUCGUUUGGAGGCGGCCUUGGCGUGUGAGCUGUGAUCCGAGCACCCUGUUCGUCUUCGAUAAGGAAAAAGAAUCACUCUAUUUUCCUUUGUUGUUGAAUUUUGUCAGCCCUUGGAUUACGGCCGGUCCCCUCUCCCCCCCUUUUUUUCUGGCUGCCACACCACCACACUUGAUGCAUUGGCAUUCACCACGAUAACCAGGCUUUUUGACCUUGUCUCAGACAAAAAGCCUUGUACCCCUCCCUCCUUCCUCUUUUCUCCUCCACUGAUGCGGCAUCAGCUCUCGGACUUCCCUUUUCGGGCCCGUUGCAGUCAUGUUGCCGUCUGGGAGGGUCGCACACCUUCUUGCUUGGUAAAAGACGGAAAGAGAGGCGUGGCAGGCAGGUCAAGAUAGGACUCUGUGCCGUUGAUUGCUGCUCUGCACAUUCCGCCUCCGGAAUCAUACUCGCUCAUGGCCCGAGUUGCCUAACCACCUUCACCCGGUUAUCUAGCAAGUGAAGCGGUUAGAUAACAUCGGGUCAGAGAUGUUUCUCUACUGCGAGUAUUAUCAAAUACAAAAACACGUCUUGGAGGCGGCCAGGAAAGAAAAGGCAUUCACAUUGGCACCGGGCUGUUUACAUGUCAAGGGAUACCGGGUGAUAGAAGGAAGCCGCCCGAUGUAGACACCAUCGUUACGUACACGUCAAGGGGUAUUCAAGCAUUCACGAG